AAGUUGCAAAAAUGGUGGUGCCUAUUAUUCUAAUAUGUGUAGCGACGGGGAUUAUAUCGACGUUUGUAUUUCAUGAACACCGGCGUCGAAAAGUUUUUGUAGGGAGUAUUGGACUUGUUGCUUCAAUUGCUAUGUAUGCUUCUCCUUUAGUUGUUGUGAGACAAGUGAUCAAGACAAAGAGUGUAGAGUUUAUGCCAUUUUACUUGUCAUUAUUCUCUUUUCUUGCUAGUGGUCUUUGGAUGGCCUAUGGACUACUCAGCCAUGAUCUCUUUCUAGCGUCUCCAAAUAUGGUGGGAACACCCCUUUGUAUCCUGCAGCUUAUACUGUAUUUCAAGUAUCGAAAGAACCCUGUGAAGGAAUUAGAACCACAGAAAUGGCCAGAUUUGGAGUAUAACGAUGACAAACUCAAGCAAGAAUUCAAGUUAGAAGAGAAGAAAGAUCAAUCGAUGCUCGUUGUCACUGAGAAUCUCAGCACCAAGACUUAAGCAACUCUCUGGCAUGUGUGUUGCAAAUUGCAAUCUAUCUCCUUCGUGUUAUAGCUAAGUAUUUCAUUUUUAGAUAAACAGGUAGAACCUUGCUCGAAUAAUGGAGUAGCCAUUCCACUCACCAACGAUCAGAAAAGAGGACCAACAAGUACAUAACAUGGUGAACCAUAUCAUAUUAUAUAUAUAUAUACAUUGUUUUGUCUGUGUGUAAUCCUUUAGUUACAUCUCGAGGAGUUUGAAGAACUUACAUUGUGCCAGAAGCUGCUGGUUUUUUUUCUCUAUCUUUUUCACUUUUGCUACAAUCGACUUUCACCCAGCAAUCACAUUUUUAGUAAAUAUAAUGAAAAUUUAAGAUCCCUGGGAUAGGCAGGAGAAAGGAAAUCUGCUUCAAGCUCAUUCAAACAAUCACUUGACAGGUCAAUAGGAACCAUACAAUUAGUACAUAAUCUUGAGUUAUCUCUCGUCUCAUCUGUAACGAU